UGGGAGUGUUUUUUACUCUGCGUCAGUUUCUUCUGUGCAAAACAAAAAAGGAGGUUUUACUUUCAAAAAGAUUAUUUUACUAAAAAUUCGUGUAGACUGACCAGAGUCCACGAGUUAAACAUUUUAGAAAACAUUCAAAUACAAAAAUUAAAUUAAAAUGACUGAGACCUAUACAUUCGGAGGAUCCCUCAAUGCAAUAACUUGCCAUGCUUGGAACAAGGAUCGCUCACAAAUUGCUUUAUCACCCAAUAACAACGAGAUUCAUAUUUAUUCCCGGGACUCUAAUUGGAAGUUGGUGGACAUCCUUAACCAGCAUGAUUUGCGUGUGAUGGACAUUGAUUGGGCUAGAAACACAAACCGUAUUGUUAGCUGCGCUGCCGAUCGCAAUGCUUACGUGUGGUCGCAAGGUGAAGACGGAAAAUGGAAACCGACAUUGGUGUUGCUCCGUAUUAAUAGAGCUGCUACUUGCGUCAAAUGGUCUCCCAGUGAGAACAAAUUCGCAGUUGGGUCGGGUGCCCGCCUGAUCUCAGUUUGUUAUUUCGAAUCCGAAAACGAUUGGUGGGUGUCGAAGCAUAUUAAGAAGCCAAUUCGAUCAACAAUUACAUCUUUAGAUUGGCAUCCAAAUAAUGUUCUUUUGGUUGCGGGAUCGACGGACUAUAAGGUUCGUGUUUUUUCAGCAUACAUAAAGGACAUUGAAGAACAACCAACUCCAACACCAUGGGGUAAUCGCAUGACUUUGGGACAUUUAAUGGCUGAAUUCAAAAACGCAGCCAAUACUGGCGGUGGUUGGAUCCAUAGCGUUAGUUUCUCAGGUGAUGGCAAUCGUAUAUGUUGGGUUGGACAUGAUAGUUGCAUCAAUAUUGCAGACUCAACUAAUGGAAACAUUAUACGAUGCAAGACCGAACAUCUUCCAUUCCUGAGCUGUGUUUGGAUAAGUCUUAACUCAGUUGUAGUCGCUGGACAUAGCUGUGUUCCGCUUAUUUUUACUUUAGAUGGCAACAAAAUAAGUUUCUCUGCUAAGCUUGACACUUCACAAAAAAAGGAAUCUAGUGGCAAAUCAGCUAUGCGAAUCUUUCAAUCGCUGGAUCGUAAUUCAAGAUCUGAAAAUUCCGAUUCUUUCAUCGAGUCGAUUCAUCAAAAUGCUAUUUCAUGCGUUCGUAUUUAUGCCGGAGACAAGUUGUCUUGCAAGAAAAUUAGCACUUCGGGAACUGACGGUCAACUUGUUAUUUGGGAUUUGGAUGCAAAACUCAUUAACUCAUUUAAAGGAAUAAAUCUGGAUGGCAAAUAAAUGAUACAUUUCCUAAGCGUAGCCGUGUUUUCGUGUUAGACAUCUUAACUAGUAAUAACAAUAAUAAAACGGUGAUUUAGCAAAAUUGCAAAUUACUGCCAAAUGACAUUUAUCAAUUUGAAAAACCAUUUAAUACAAAUGUAAGAAGUUCUGUUUUAUUUUUUCUUAUCUAAAUAUGGCUGAUUAAAAAACAUUUUAAGUAAGCAAUUCUAUCCAGCUUAGUAUCCAAACUUUUUUGUUGUUCAUGAAUGUUUCUGUGUACCUUGAAUACAAAUGUUGAAGGUGAUUUUGUCAAUAUAUGUAUGUGAAACUAAGCAAAAUAUAAAUUUCCUUAUUAUUGCAACAA